GGUAGGCGCUUCUCGGCCGCCCCGCGACGUGCCCUGGACCCUUAAAUCCCACCCCUCCACGGUAGUUCUAUUUGGGACGACUUGGUAGUUCUAUUAGGGUCGACCUAGACCGGGGUCUCGCCCCCUUUGUCCUGCUCUGUAGAGGGACUUGGGGGGCGCCAAAGGCAUGGCCGGGGUCUCUGUCCCGGCUCAAGCGCACGGAACAGUCCCGCAGACUGACACAACGGACGCCAGACCAGCUCUUCAGUAAGCAGACGCCUGCUUCCCUACAACCGAGGACACGCUCACCACUGCCCCAUGGUCUGGAACCUCGCGGAAAAUGGACCCCGGGGUCCCCGAGCUUCUGCCGGGAAGUCAAAGAAGGGGAAGAUGUGCUUAGAUUCAGGCGCGCACUCGAACCCGGCCUCCUCCUAGCUCGAAGCCACUCCGGGAACCCGAGUCCUACGUUCCCGGCCGGCGGAAGUAGGGAGAAAGGAGGGGACUGUGUGCGAUACAGAGUGUGGGUUGGGGUUUGCCCAGUCGCCUCUUUUCCCGACGGCUCAUUCACAGUUAGGAGAAAACUGGAGCCGAAGCCCCACCGGGUCUCCCGGGGAGAGAGUGGGCGUUGGGCGGCCGCGGGAACCGUUUAAGAGGUCCAUGGAGGAAAGCCCAUCCCUGAGGCGCAAGACAGUGAUGCGAGAGAAGGGUCGGCGUCAGGCUGUUCGUGGCCCGGCCUUCAUGUUCAAUGACCGAGGCACCAGCCUCACAGCCGAGGAGGAACGCUUCCUCGACGCAGCUGAGUAUGGCAACAUCCCCGUGGUGCGAAAGAUGCUGGAGGAAUCCAAGACGCUGAACGUCAAUUGCGUAGACUACAUGGGCCAGAACGCGCUUCAGCUGGCUGUGGGCAACGAGCACCUGGAGGUGACUGAAUUGCUGCUGAAGAAGGAGAACCUGGCACGCAUAGGCGACGCCCUGCUGCUCGCCAUCAGCAAGGGCUACGUGCGCAUCGUGGAAGCCAUUCUCAACCACCCCGGUUUCGCGGCCAGCAAGCGCCUGACCCUGAGCCCCUGUGAGCAGGAGCUGCAGGACGACGACUUCUACGCCUACGACGAGGACGGCACGCGCUUCUCCCCUGACAUCACCCCCAUCAUCCUGGCGGCGCACUGCCAGAAAUACGAGGUGGUGCACAUGCUGCUGAUGAAGGGCGCCAGGAUCGAGCGGCCGCACGACUAUUUCUGCAAGUGUGGGGACUGCACAGAGAAGCAGAGGCACGACUCGUUCAGCCACUCACGCUCGAGGAUCAAUGCCUACAAGGGGCUGGCCAGCCCAGCGUACCUGUCUUUGUCCAGCGAGGACCCUGUGCUCACCGCCCUGGAGCUCAGCAACGAGCUGGCCAAACUGGCAAACAUAGAGAAGGAGUUCAAGAAUGACUAUCGGAAGCUCUCCAUGCAAUGCAAAGACUUUGUUGUGGGUGUGCUGGAUCUUUGCCGAGACUCGGAAGAGGUAGAAGCCAUACUGAACGGAGAUCUGGAAUCGGCCGAGCCUCUGGAGAUGCAUAGGCAUAAAGCUUCACUGAGUCGUGUCAAACUUGCCAUCAAGUAUGAAGUCAAAAAGUUUGUGGCUCACCCCAACUGCCAGCAGCAGCUCUUGACAAUCUGGUAUGAGAAUCUCUCAGGCCUGCGGGAACAGACGGUAGCUAUCAAGUGUCUGGUGGUGCUGGUCGUGGCCUUGGGCCUUCCGUUCCUUGCCAUCGGCUACUGGAUCGCACCUUGCAGCAGGCUGGGGAAAGUUCUACGGAGUCCUUUUAUGAAGUUUGUGGCACAUGCUGCUUCUUUCAUCAUCUUCCUAGGCCUGCUUGUGUUCAAUGCCUCAGACAGAUUUGAAGGCAUCACCACGUUGCCAAAUAUCACUGUUAUUGACUAUCCCAAACAGAUCUUCAGGGUGAAAACCACCCAGUUCACAUGGACGGAAAUGCUAAUUAUGGUCUGGGUUCUCGGAAUGAUGUGGUCUGAGUGCAAGGAGCUCUGGCUGGAAGGACCCAGGGAAUACAUUUUGCAGUUGUGGAAUGUCCUAGACUUCGGAAUGCUCUCCAUCUUCAUCGCGGCUUUCACGGCCAGAUUCCUGGCUUUCCUUCAGGCAACAAAGGCACAGCAGUAUGUGGACAGUUAUGUCCAAGAGAGUGACCUCAGUGAAGUUACACUUCCACCAGAGAUACAGUAUUUCACUUAUGCGCGAGAUAAAUGGCUUCCUUCUGACCCUCAAAUCAUAUCUGAGGGCCUCUAUGCCAUAGCUGUUGUGCUCAGCUUUUCUCGGAUUGCCUACAUCCUCCCCGCGAAUGAGAGCUUCGGCCCCUUGCAGAUCUCUCUUGGAAGGACUGUGAAGGACAUAUUCAAGUUCAUGGUCCUCUUUAUUAUGGUGUUUCUUGCCUUUAUGAUUGGCAUGUUCAUACUGUAUUCUUACUACCUUGGGGCUAAAGUAAAUGCUGCUUUUACCACUGUAGAAGAAAGUUUCAAGACUUUGUUUUGGUCAAUAUUUGGCUUGUCUGAAGUGACUUCCGUUGUGCUCAAAUAUGAUCACAAAUUCAUAGAGAAUAUUGGAUAUGUUCUUUAUGGAAUAUACAACGUAACUAUGGUGGUCGUUUUACUCAACAUGCUCAUUGCUAUGAUUAAUAGCUCAUAUCAAGAAAUUGAGGAUGACAGUGACGUAGAAUGGAAAUUUGCACGCUCAAAACUUUGGUUAUCUUAUUUUGAUGAUGGAAAGACAUUACCUCCACCUUUCAGUCUAGUUCCUAGUCCAAAGUCAUUUGUUUAUUUCAUCAUGAGGAUUAUUAACUUUUCCAAAUGCAGAAGGAGAAGGCUACAGAAGGAUAUAGAAAUGGGAAUGGGUAACUCAAAGUCCAGGUUAAACCUCUUCACUCAGUCUAACUCAAGAGUUUUUGAAUCACACAGUUUUAACAGCAUUCUCAAUCAGCCAACACGUUAUCAGCAGAUAAUGAAAAGACUUAUAAAACGAUAUGUUUUGAAAGCACAAGUAGACAAAGAAAAUGAUGAAGUUAAUGAAGGUGAAUUAAAAGAAAUCAAGCAAGAUAUCUCCAGCCUUCGCUAUGAACUUUUGGAGGACAAGAGCCAAGCAACUGAAGAAUUAGCCAUUCUAAUUCAUAAACUCAGUGAGAAGCUGAAUCCCAGCAUGCUGAGAUGUGAAUGAUUCAGUAACCUGGACUUAUGGCUUCGACUAUAGCACAAAUGUGGGCAAUAAUAUUUCUAAGUAUGAAAUACUUGAAAAAACUAUGGUGUAAAUUUUUAGUGUUAAUUACCUUUAUCAUGUGAAUCUUUAAAAGUUAGGUCUUAAUGAUUUUACUGUUUCAUCACAAGCAAAUGGUCUUCAUUUUAAUUGUCUGCCUUGACAUUACAAACAGUGACAUGCCAUUGUAUUUAAAGGCCCAAUAUUACUACAUUACUGACAUUUUUGUUUGUUUUAGAAUAAACUCUACAUCUUUGC